CCAUUCUGGUGUGACCACGCAGUGCUGUUGCUCCACAAGGGGGGGCUGCUGGAUAUAUGCUUUAGUGCCCAACUCACUGCUUUCAAACACUGAAUCCAGUUUGUGUGGACAGAGCGGGCGAGGACAGCCCCAGAACCCACAGGAAAAUUCCCACAUCCCCGACACACACCGAGAAACCAACCGAGCCUGAGACAUACACCUCCCUGGAGCUUUCACACCACCUGAGGACUUCUUAUCUGGACAACGAAAGGACCCAUACGAUUUAUUGGCUUUAAAGGUCUGGAUUAAAUAAUACAUUUGGGAAACAGUGCAACACUCAGAAGUGACAGAACCGAAAUACACAUUAAGAGGAUCUGCUGUGAAUUUAUGGAUGCUUGUUUCUUUACUCGGUCUCAGGAGAAUCUCUCUGCCACUGGAGAAAACAGACCUUCUUUGUGUCAUCGUUUCAGCAGAUAUUGCCUGUUGAAAGAAUGAAUGCACACAACUUAUUCUGAAGAAGUUGGAGGAAUAGUCGUGGGCAUUUUGAGAAGGUUUUUUCGCGCUGGGAAACAGAUGGGACAUGACAACUUUUUGAAGUGGGUGAAAGUUCCGUGUUUGUACAGCAGGGGGAAGUCUGCCAGCGCUCAAUUCCCUCAGCGGAAUAGGGGCAUAAACGGGGAUCACGGAACAGGAGAUGCCUCACUGCGCACUUUGAGCCUCACCAGAGCCUCUGCAGCACAGCCGACAGCGCAGUCUAUGCCUGUGAUCCUCCAACAGAUCUCUCUGAGGCUGUGUGACAUCAUGGGCGACAAAAUGGAUCAAUGAGCCAAAGUUCCUUCUCGGCCCAGAUGGUUCUGCAAACAUCCGAGAAUAUCACCUUGUCAACAAGAGAUUCACAAGAUAACUUGCCAAAAGUUUGAUAUCUUCAGCCUCUUCUUUUUUGCACACCUUUUAUGUCGUAUACAGCCAUGAUAUCAAAAUUCUUAAGGAAUUGUCCGUCGUUGGUCCUGCUAUUGCCUCUUCUUCAACUUCUACGGCUGGAUAUGCUCAACGCUGCCCCCUCCGGCCCGGAGUCUGACAUAUGCUCCACCCUAGUCCAGAGCCGUUUCUUUGGCUUUUUUCUCUCGUCUACUGUAUUUUCCAGCACCCCUUGCUCCUGGACCCUGCAGAACCCCGACCCACGGCGCUACACUAUCUUCAUCAAGAUCACAAAGCCUACCAGAGACUGCGUUCCUCGGCAGCAUCGGACCUUUCAGUUCGACUCCUUCUUGGAGACGACACGAACCUUCCUUGGGAUGGAGAGCUUCGACGAGGUGGUAAAGCUGUGUGAUGCCUCCACCCAUGUUGCCUUCUUGGAGGCAGGGAAACAGUUCCUGCAGAUCCGGAAAGGGCUGCCCAGAGCAGGCGCUGGGUCUAGGAACGGGGACGGGGAAUUUAAGGUGGAGUAUCUUGUGGUUGGGAAGCGGAACCCCAGCAUGGCUGCCUGUCAAAUGCUGUGCCAGUGGUUGGAGGAUUGCCUCACUUACAGUACCUCCAACCGGCCAUGUGGUAUCAUGCAGAUGCCAUGCCAGUGCUGGGACCAGCCCCCUCCUGACAAAGAAACCAUUGGAUGCUAUCGAGAUGGAGUCUAUAUGGAGAACUGCAGCCCUGUUGUGAAAGACGGAACAACUGAUGUAGACUCAAGUGGUGGCUGGAGUGGGUGGGGCAACUGGGCGGAGUGCAGCAGCGAAUGUGGGGGCGGGGUCCAGACGCGUUCACGCACCUGUCAAUCACCUCCUGAGGAGGCGUAUCUCUGCGAGGGCAUUCUGGAAGAAGGGCGUCCCUGUAACGCACAGUCCUGCAUUGGAUACAGGCAGUAUUCGUCUAAGGGCAAGGGUUUAAAUCCAGUGAAAUACAAUGGAGUACAGGAGGCCAUGCUUGGCAAAGGCCGACUAGGCACUCGCAGCCAAUCGCUGCGCUCGGUGGACAGCCGUAAAAGAGAGGACUCUGAUAAGACCCGCGGCGGACAGCAGUCUUCCGAGGCAGUGGAUCCUCCGUCGGGUGAGGAGUGGUCUGCGUGGAGCGUGUGUUCGGCCACGUGUGGCGAGGGCUGGCAGAGCAGAACGCGCUUCUGCGUCUCCGUGUCGUACAGCACGCAGUGCAGCGGGCCGCUGCGCGAACAGAGACCCUGCAAUAACACUGCUGUGUGUCCAGCCGCUCUGAUUACAGUGCACGGGACCUGGGACGAGUGGUCUCCAUGGAGCUUGUGCUCCUCCACGUGCGGCCGCGGAUACAGGGACCGCACGCGCUCCUGCAAGCCACCCCAGUUCGGAGGAAACCCCUGCGAUGGUCCGGAAAAACAGACCAAGUUCUGCAACAUUGCCGUAUGCCCAGUGGACGGUGAGUGGAACGAAUGGUCCAGCUGGAGUUCAUGUUCCUCGACCUGUUCUAACGGGACGAUGCAACGCACACGAGAAUGUAACGGGCCCUCGUACGGGGGCAUGGAGUGUCUGGGCGAGUGGAAGCAACAGAGGGAUUGCUUCCCAAUAGAGUGUCCUGUGGAUGGCCAAUGGCAGCCCUGGAGCACCUGGGCUGGUUGUAGCAAAACAUGUGGCGGAGGAAGCCAACAGAGACAAAGGGUUUGCUAUGGGCCCUUCUUUAAAGGAGAGGCAUGCCCAGGGGACAGAGAGGAAGUUAGACGUUGCAAUGAGAAGAAAUGUCCAGAGCCGCAUGAAAUCUGUGACGAGGAGAAUUUCUCCAACGUAGUGUGGAAGAGAACUCCUGCAGGGGACACGGCGGCUGUCCGCUGCCCUCCGAAUGCUGUGGGGUUAAUUCUUCGGCGAUGUUCAUUGGACGUUGAGGGGAUUGCAUACUGGGAGAACCCAACUUACAUGAAGUGUGUAUCCAAUGAUUAUCGCAGUAUCCAAACACUGACACGAGAACACCUGUCCAAGGCUCAGAGGGGGCUUGUGGGUGAUGGGGUCUCUGAAGUGAUGACCAAGCUGAGGGUGACCUCCAGUGAUGGAACAAGCUACAGCGGAGACCUUCUGGCUAUCAUAGAUGUAUUAAAAAACAUGACAGAAAUAUUUAGGAGGUCUUACAACAGCCCCAGUAAUGCAGAUAUGAGGAAUUUUGUGCAAUCAGUGAGCAACUUAUUGAUGGAGGAAAACAGGGACAGAUGGGAAGAGGCUCAGCUGCUGGGCCCUAAUGUGAAGGAGCUGUUUCGUCUGGUGGAGGACUUUGUGGAGGUCAUCAGUCUCCGCAUGAAGGACUUCCAGGAUACCUAUGAGGUCACAGACAAUUUAGUGCUGAGUAUUCACAAGCGGCCUGUCGCAGGAAAUGCGGAUAUCACUUUCCCCAUGAAAGGAUGGAGGGGGAUGGUGGACUGGGCUCGCAACUCAGAGGACAAAGUUCGAGUGCCCAAAAACAUCCUGGUCACUGGAAAGCCAGAUGAAGAUGAAGCUUCCGCAUUUGUGACUGGUAUUGUACUCUACAGAAACUUGGGCAGUAUUCUCUCUCUACAGAGAAAUAGUACAGUGCUGAACUCCAAGGUGAUCUCUUUAACAAUCAAACCCACCCCCAACUCUCUCGCAACUCCACUAGAGAUCGAGUUCUCGCAUCUUUAUAACGGAACCACAAACCAGACCUGCAUUUCCUGGGACGAGAAUGACAGCUCGUCGUUGCUGGGCUCCUGGUCUGCGCGAGGCUGCAGAGCCGUGCCCGUCGAUUCCAGCACCACCAAAUGCUUGUGUGACAGACUCUCCACCUUCGCCAUUUUAGCACGCCUCAAUCCCGGUGUGAACAUGGAUAAGACCCAACUUCCAUCUGUAACUCUGAUCGUGGGCUGUGGGGUCUCGUCCCUCACUCUGCUGCUGCUCAUCAUCAUCUAUGUGUCUGUCUGGAGGUACAUCCGGUCAGAGCGUUCUGUCAUCCUCAUCAACUUCUGUCUGUCCAUCAUCUCCUCCAAUGCUCUCAUACUCAUUGGACAGACUCAGACGCGGAACAAGGUUGUUUGUACUCUUGUGGCUGCUUUUCUACAUUUCUUCUUCCUGUCUUCUUUCUGUUGGGUUCUGACGGAGGCGUGGCAAUCUUACAUGGCCGUGACUGGCCGUCUUAGAAACCGCAUUAUUCGCAAGCGUUUCCUCUGUCUUGGUUGGGGUUUACCCGCUCUUGUUGUAGCCAUUUCUGUUGGAUUUACCAAGGCAAAGGGAUAUGGCACUGUUAACUACUGCUGGCUGUCUCUGGAAGGCGGACUGUUGUACGCAUUUGUGGGACCAGCCGCUGCCGUCGUUUUGGUUAACAUGGUUAUUGGGAUUCUGGUUUUUAAUAAACUAGUGUCUAAAGAUGGAAUAACUGAUAUGAAACUCAAGGAAAGAGCAGGUCAGAUGACAGUGCCACUGUAUAAUAUGACGCUCAAAUGUGCCAAGUGCGGAGUUAUCUCUUCGGCUGACGUUUCCACCACAGCUACCAGUAACGCCAUGGCGUCGCUGUGGAGCUCCUGCGUUGUUUUGCCACUACUGGCACUCACUUGGAUGUCUGCAGUCCUGGCCAUUACGGACCGCCGCUCGGCUCUGUUUCAGAUUCUUUUUGCCGUGUUUGACUCCCUUGAGGGCUUCGUUAUUGUCAUGGUGCAUUGCAUCCUACGCAGAGAGGUUCAAGAAGCGGUGAAGUGUCGAGUUGUCGAUCGCCAGGAAGAUGGCAACGGAGACUCUGGUGGAUCUUUCCAGAAUGGCCAUGCUCAGCUGAUGACUGACUUUGAAAAAGACGUGGACAUGGCUUGUCGAUCAGGCACCGUGAAGCGUUCUUCUCUACAGGGCGAUGAGAAGCUGGCUUCACAGAAGAUCACAGUACAGAAAGGUUCCAACUUCAACACUCUUCCUGCCAGCAUGGCAAAAGUCCACCUGCAAAACGUCGCUGACUACGCCAGCCACACACUCACCAUGCGCCGCGAGAAGGGCGGCAUCGCCGGGGUCAGCACGGAGCUCCCCGGAGCCAAAUCUAUUUAUAUAUGUGAUGGAGAACUCUUUAAGCAGCUGGACGGAGAUCUGACCCGGGCUCCCGGAGACAGCGGCGGACCCGAAGGUGGAGGAACCAGCCAAGGUUACAUACUCUUACCCAACAACAACAACACGCUUAGGCCCGCAAAGGGCGGGAAGGAGGACCAGUCCGCCAAGUACAACAUCGGCCUCGAGCAGUUACCUCAGACCAGACUCAUCCACCUGGCCAACGCGGCUGGCUCAGAUCCAGCGCAGGGGUUCGGGCUGAAGAGCUUGCCCACCGAUCGAGUCAGCGUUUCGUGCACGGAGAGGGACUCCCCUGGGCAGACGGUGCAGAACUUCUCCAGCGAGUCCCAGAUGACCAACAACACAUGCGAGCAGGGGGAGUUGGGCAACUCUGGAAUGAUGUCGAAGAGCGAGACGGUCUCCACGCUGUCUAUGAGCUCUCUGGAGAGACGAAAAUCACGCUACGCAGAGCUGGACUUUGAGAAGAUCAUGCAUACGAGGAAGCGCCACCAAGACAUGUUCCAGGACCUAAACAGGAAGUUGCACCAUGCAGAGAAGGAUAGAGAUUCUCCGCCGGUGGAUGGAAAGGCCGGGAAGAGAUGGAGUGUGUCCUCAGGAGGCAGCGAUAAAACCAACCUUAGUGACAAGCAGCAGACCCCCAGUAAGCGAGCAUGGGAGGGAAUCAGGAAGAGCCACUCUCCGCCGUCAUGGGUGCGUAAGGAGCUGGAACCCCUGCAGGCCUCUCCUCUAGAGAUGCAAGCGGUGGAGUGGGAGAAGGCCAGCGCCACCAUCCCUCUGGUGGGCCAGGAGAUCAUGGACCUGCAGACGGAGGUCUGAAUGACCCUCACAAACAAAUCUGACAAACAGAACAAACUCUACUUGCAGGGAAAAAGGAUGAAAAGAUGAAAUAUUAGUGUGUGAGAGAGAGUCUCGGAAAGCAACAAGGAAAUGUGGCUGUGCAAUUUUUUCUAUCUUGGAAUGGCCUUUUCCUUAAUGUCAAAGCGAAUCGGAACACUUUUGAGAAAUGCAGGUCUGAGCAUGUUGCUAUGGUAAUGAGCUGGCACUAGCAAGAAUGGCUGAACUGGGAACAUUGAGUGGUCACCCUCUUUGGCAUUCUGGGGUGUUGCCAUGGGAACAUUAGGAGUGACCGACAGAAAUUCAGGCUAAGAGCAGAUGAGCCUUAGUGAGUGGCCUUCAAUUUCUUACACUUCUGGAUAUACACAAACACACACGUAUUCUGGCAUAAUAGGUUUGUUAUGGGUGAGAAAGUUAGACUAGAAACUACAGAACGCUUUCAAACUGCCCGGCAGGAAUCAGGUUAUUGACACGUCAAUAAAUCAAAUAAAAAACGAAUUCUAAAUACUAUUAUUAUCAUCAUUGUUGUUGUUAUCAGUGUGACACAAAACGUCAUUUCCGAGAUGCCCACCGCCCAUAAUGCAGUAAUCUACAUAUGACUGUUAAUCUGUAUCGAACGCUCUCCUGCCACGUCAGGAAAACCCUUCUGAGGCAGUAUCGCCCACAGCAGUGCCACUCGCGCCCACAUCUUAGCCACUGUGCUGCUCCGUGCGCAGCACCGACCUGUGGACGCUUUAAAGACGUCAGUGAGAAUGGCAGAUUUUCAUUGGUCCAAUCAGCAUGAGAACUUACCAGUGCGUUCCUCAGUGACUGCAGCAGGAAGCGAACAGGGCUGGAGGAUGAGCUGUCCGUUAUGUGAACCCACACGAUUUCAUUCGCUUAAGCCGGAAUCACUGGAGCGAAGGCGAUCCGUCUCAGAAUUUGUAAAGAAUCAUGAAAUGAAUAAAAAUACGAAUAUUUAUAUAUACACACUUAUAUGUAGGUGUGUGUAUAUACAUAUAUGAAAAUAUAUAUAUGUAUAAUGUCUUCUAUAUGAACUGCAGAGGGGUGUUAUUCUCUGGUCGGGUUGUGGUUGCACACAGAGAAAGCACAAGUCUCCCGUCAGAGUCCUGUUGUACAGCAUUGUAAUUAUUUCCAGAAGAGAUCUAAAUGAAUUUUAGCCUAUAAAUAUCUUUCUUACUGUGCUUGGGGAAUAUUGUUGUUAUUAUUCUAGAUAUCAUCACGAUUCUGAGAUCCCCAAAUCUCAUCGGGUUACUGGACUAUAUCAUGUAACGGUGUGUAUUUUGGUAUCACUGACUGUCACUCCAGAUGAUACGUACUUGCCUGAAUUCCCCCGUCCCCUCCCCAACCUGUCCCGUACACACGCACCCUUUUUUAAGUUCCCUGGGGUUUCUUUGUUAUUGUACAGUUUUCAGAGCACAAAAUGAAUGUCAUAUUUCUAAUAAAAAGUAUAUCUAUAUAAUAAAUUGUAAGGUGUGGUAUUUACAGCU